AUGGAAUACAAAGUUUGUACACGAAGUGACCUCGAGAAGAUGUUAGUUGAUGAAACAGCGGAGCCCAGGGACCUGCCAUUAUCACUCCUGAAGGACAUCACUAACGAUUUCUCCGAUGACCUGAAGAUUGGAAGCGGUCGAUUUUCUGUGGUUUAUAAGGGAAUACUUGGCGACAAGUCGGUUGCAGUGAAGAAGUUGUCCAACGCUUAUAUGCAUGAAAGGGAGUUUCACCAAGAGGUUGAAUGCCUGAUGCGGGUAAAACACAAGAAUAUAGUAAGAUUUCUGGGAUAUUGUGCUGAUACACAAGGAACUAUGGCAAGUUACAACGGAAAACUUGUCAUGGAAGAAGUUCAUCAAAGUUUGCUUUGCUUCGAGUAUAUACCUAAUGGGAGUCUUGAUAAAUAUAUCACCGAUGCAUAUCGUGAGUGGCGAACAUGCUACAAAAUAAUUAAAGGGAUUUCUGAGGGCCUGCAGUUCCUUCAUGAGAAUCAUAUCAUUCGCUUGGAUCUGAAACCUGCCAAUAUACUGCUCGACGAUAGCAUGGUACCGAAAAUCACUGAUUUUCGCCUGUCUAGAUGCUUUCACGAAAAUCAAAGACAGGAUAUUACCAAAACUACAUUAGGAACAAUGGGAUAUUUGGCACCAGAACUUUUGGAAGGGGAUGCAAUCACAUGUAGUGCUGACUUGUAUAGUCUUGGUGCCAUUAUCACAGAAAUACUGACCGGGCAGAAGGGGUAUCAAGCUACUGAGGAAGUACUUGAAAGUUGGAGUGAUAGGAUGGAGAGAUCACAACGAGACACACUAUUGGAACAAAUACGAGUAUGCUAUGAGAUAGCUUUAGAGUGCAGAGACUUCAGUCCAAAGAAGAGACCAGCUAGUGGACGUGAUAUAGUUGACAGGGUUCGUGAAAUGGAGGGCAUCCAGGCGGAGAUGGGUUCUUCGCUGGCGGUCAUGAGCGCCAUGGAUGAUGCUCUGGUGAAUUCUUCGCUGGCCGACAUAGGCGCCAUGAAUGCCCCAGUGAGUUCUUCCCUUGGUGUCAUGGGCCCCCUUCUCAGGAAGCUAGAUUCGCUGCUGCUUCUCGGUUGCCGGCUGCGAGGGCCACUCAAGGACAGAGUCGUGCUCCUCAGGGAAGAUCUGGAAGAAAUCAGUGUCGCCCUUGUGGAGCAGUCAAUGGUAGAUUCCCCCAAUGAAAUGGCAAAAUACUGGAUGAAUGAGGUGCGUGAACUUUGCUAUGACAUCGAGGAUUUCAUUGACGACAUGAUGUUGACGCACGCCGAUGCCAAGAUGAGGUCGGUGCAGAGCUUCAAGGUUGGCCGUGUCAAGAUCCCUUGGCUUCCCAAGAAGGUGAGGCCGUGCACGAGGGCCGCCAAAUUCGCAGAACUCAGGGCCCCGGUGCGGGAGGCGAUUGAGCGACAUGGAAGGUAUCUUGAUGGUUUCACCUCGAGUUCUAGAUCUCUGUUCACUGUGUACGGCCAUAUUCCAUUGAUGUACGCAGAGGCUGCAAACUACCUUGUUGGUGUCAAUGACGCUAACACAAAGCUUGUCAAGUGGCUCACCAAUGAAAAGGAGCAGCAGCUGAAAAUGGUGGCCAUAACUGGACAUUCAGGGGUUGGUAAGACCGCACUUGCAAAACAGCUGUACCGUGAAGUUGAGGAGCAAUUUGACUGCCGGGCUUUCGUGCGAGCAUCCCGGAAGCCUGACAUGAGAAGGCUGCUUGGGGGCAUCCUCUCUCAAGUUCAGCAGCAUCGAUGCCCCACUAAUUCAUACACAGUGCAAAACCUCAUUGACAAACUCACCGAACAUCUCCAGAAUAAGAGAUAUGUUAUUGUAAUUGAUGAUUUGUGGGAAACAACAUCAUGGGAUAUUGUUGCCAGUGCUUUCCCGGAAGGUAAUAACUGCAGUAGAAUAAUAACAACCACAGAAAUUGAGGGAGUAGCUUUGGAAUGCUGUGAUUAUCAAUCUGAUAAUAUUCUGAAGAUGAAACCUCUUGGCGGGGAAGACUCUGGGAAACUGUUACUCAACCUGGUUUUUGGUCCUGAACGUCUGUGCCCUGAACAAUUAAAGGGGGCUUCGGACAUAAUCAUAGCAAAAUGUGCUGGUUUGCCACUAGCAACCAUUUGUGUAUCCGGUCUUUUAGCAACCCAACCAGACAACCCUAAGCUAUGGCUGCAUGUGCAGGAAUUUUUGUGUUCUAAUUUGAGUACAAAUUCUACUUUGGAAGAGACACUGCAUGAAACACUAAAGCUUAGUUACAAUAGUCUUCCUCACUAUUUGAAGACAUGUUUGAUGUACCUUUGUUUGUAUCCGGAAGGCUGCACAAUAUGGAAGUUUGAUUUGAUUAAGCAGUGGAUAGCAGAAGAUUUCAUCUGUGCGAUAGAAGGAACAGACACAGCGGAAGUUGCAGAUAGCUAUUUUGAAGAGCUUGUCAACAGGGGAAUGAUCCAACCUGUGGAUAUCAACUACAGUGGUGAGGUAUUGUCCUGUACACUGCACCACGUUGUGCUUGAUCUUAUUACACUUGAGUCCACCGAAGAGAGAUUUAUCACUGCAUUAGAUUACUCACAGACCAUCAGAGGACAUUAUAGCAAGGUUCGUCGGCUAUCGCUCCACUUCAGCAAUCCCAGAUAUGCAAAGAAACCAACUGGUCUAACACUGUCAAAAGUUCGAUCAAUUGGCUUUUUUGGAAUCCUCAAGUGUGCGCCUACAAUUGUGGGAUUUAAGCAUCUCCGAGUUCUAAUCCUGGAGUUUUGGGGUGAUCAAUGGGGGAUCAUGAGUUUUGACCUCACAAGAAUUUGUAGAUUUUUUCAGCUGAGAUAUUUGAAGAUUUCAUGUGAUGCCAGUGUAGAGGUAGAACUACCAACCCAAAUGCGAAUGCUGCGGUACUUGGAAACACUAAUAAUUGAUGCAGCAGUGUCUGCAGUUCCAUCAGAUAUUAUUCAUCUCCCAGGCUUGUUGCAUCUCUCUCUUGGAGAUAAGACAGAUCUACCUGAUGAGGUUGGUCGCAUCAGAUCUUUGCGUGUGCUACAUUGUUUUAACCUUAGCAGUAACUCUGAAGACAAUGUACUGAGCCUUGGUGAUCUGUUGAACCUGCAAGAUCUUAACCUCACUUACUGUACAGAAGAGUCAGAUGACCAUCUGAAGAGAAACCUGGCAGCUCUAGCCUCUUCUCUUGGGAAACUUGUGAAUCUCAAAUCUAUCACUCUGGCUCCUGGUGCCUCAGGAACAGCAAUCUACCAUGAUGUGUGGAGCAGCGUGUCCUCUCUUCCUUUCUUUCUUCAGAGACUUGAGUUGUUGCCCCCCAUUUGCAUCUUCUCCAGGCUUCCGCAGUGCCUUGGGCAACUCCGCAAACUCUGUAUUCUGACAGUUGUUGUUAGUGAGCUGCUGAUGGAAGAUAUGGAUAUACUGACAGGAUUGCCCGCCCUCACUGUUUUCUCACUCUAUGUCCGGCAACCAACGUUAGAAAGUAUCAUCUUCAAAAAAAGGGCAUUCCUAGGGCUCAAGUGUUUCAAAUACACAUGUGGUGUACUGUCCCUCACCUUUCAGGAAGAAGCAUUUCCCAAUCUUCAGAGGCUCGAGCUAAGUUUCAAUGCUCACAGAGGAGAACAGUAUUAUGAUUUUCUUUCGGGCAUUGGUUACCUGUUAAAUCUCAAGGAAAUUGCUGGAACGAUUGGGGCAGCCAAAGAUGCUGAGGAAUCUGACAGGAGGGUUGCAGAGUCUGCUUUCACAGACGCCAUUCGCAAGCAUCCAAGGUUUCCUAGUUACAACCACGUAAAAAGAGUAGACUGGGUUCAUGAAGAAUACCAGCUUAGAACCCAAGCGAAAGACUCAUCAAGAGAAAAAUAUGAAACACUGGAAAAACAGCAUGGAAGAAAAGAGGGAGACUCGUUACAUGAACAGACUAGAAUUUUACUGAAAGAAACCGGGGAAGAAACAAAGCAAUGCACCAAUAGCUGGAGUUCUUACUUUCCCGCCACUGAAUCAAUUAUCUUCGAUCAAAUGAAGUCAGGUAUUCCUAUACAUUUCCCGUUCCGGUCUGAAAGCUAUUUUCUCCUAGAAAAGCAUAUUCAUUUGUAA